AUCAAUUAGUGAGCAAAUAUCUGAAAAUUGAGAUUAAUAAAUUAUUCAAAAAGAACAAUCUACAAAGUGAGGAUGAUAUAGCAUCUCAAAUUGUAGAAGAUAUAUUCGAUGAAGACUAUAAGUAUAAACCAAGUAUGACAGACAAUAGUUCAAGUUUAAUAAAUGAGCAGGGCUCAGAGUUAAUGAAGCAGGAAGCUAUUACGUGGAAAAUAAUUGAGUCAGCACAAAUCAAAAUAAUAAAAGAAGCAUUCCAUAUUCGAUAUAGAAAAGAUAGUAAGCUUAUUAAUGAAUAUGGUGGCUAUGUAAAAAAUUUGCAUAAUGCUGAAAACAAAGAUAAGUAUAUAAAAUAUAUUGCUAUAACUCUUUUUCUGAAUGAAGAAGCAUACAACAAAAGAAUGACUAGAUAUAGAAAAUGGUUCCAAG